AACGUUGACUGAGGUUAUGACUUAAGGCAGAGGCGAGCAGGGUCGGAACUGAGGCACGGUUCCAGCCCUAAAGGGAUUGUAUUUUAAGUUUGAGGCAAACUUCAAGUCUCCACUUGUGACAUGUGUGCACUACUUUGUGGUGUUAAUUAUUAGAACCAGGGGUGCUCGCAGCAUUCUAGUAGCUCGAAGGGUAUUUUCUCCCGCUCCACUCUCUACCCUACCCCAGACUUCUCCCACCUCAGAGUCCUUCCACCGCCCCGUCCCUCCCCCGCCCGCGAGAUGCUCGGACUUCAGCACAGCGCCAUUCAUCAACCGGUUCACACCGGCGGCGACCGCCGCGCGGUGACGUCCGCACGAGGCGGGCCUCCGCCCCCGCUCUUCGGCGUUCAGCCCGGAGUUCCGGGCCGCGAUUGGUGGCCGCGGCUUCGCACGUCGCACUGACUAUAAAAGGCUGGGCUUGUGACGCAAAGGCGCCUCGGCGCGCGCAUUGGCUCUCUUGACUGCGGGCCGACUCGGCGACGCGCUCUCCUCGGAGCCGCUCACUGCAUGGUAGAGUCUGGUGCCCCCGCUGCCGCCUGCAACGCCGCCGCCGCCCCACGACGACCGCCGCCGCCCCCUGCCCUGCAGCCGCCGCCACUGCCGCCGCCUGUGUCGCCGCCGCCUCGGGACCGGCUGUAUGAUUAGGCCACAAUCUUCAAUGAGUAAACAUAUUCCUCAGUUCUGUGGUGUUCUUGGUCACACAUUUAUGGAGUUUCUGAAGGGCAGUGGAGAUUACUGCCAGGCACAGCACGACCUCUAUGCAGACAAGUGAACUGUAGAAUUCAUUACUACUCCACCAAGAAGCCCCCAUAAGAGUGGUUAACCUGGACACAGAAGUGUUGAAUUGAAAUCUACAGAGCAUUUUACAAGAGUUCUGACCUGGAUGGGGUAAACCUCAGUGCACUUCCUUUCUAUUGCCUCAGUAUUACUGGAUUGAAGAAUUGCUGCUUCUUAGGAGGUUCAUUUCAUUUCCCAUUACUCCCAACUUCAUUACUCAAAGCACUGAGAAUUUCAAGUGGAGUAUAUUGAAGUAGACUCAGUUUCUUUGCAUCAUUUCUGUAUUCAAUUUUUUGAAUUCUUUCAUAACCCCAUUGAGUGUUUUUUAACUAAAUUAACAUGGCUCGAAUGAACCGCCCAGCUCCUGUGGAAGUCACAUACAAGAACAUGAGAUUUCUUAUUACUCACAACCCAACCAAUGCAACCUUAAACAAAUUUAUAGAGGAACUUAAGAAGUAUGGAGUUACCACAAUAGUAAGAGUAUGUGAAGCAACUUACGACACUACUCCUGUGGAGAAAGAAGGCAUACGUGUUCUUGAUUGGCCUUUUGAUGAUGGUGCUCCACCAUCCAACCAGAUUGUUGAUGACUGGUUAAGUCUUGUAAAAAUUAAGUUUCGUGAAGAACCUGGUUGUUGUAUUGCUGUUCAUUGUGUUGCAGGCCUUGGGAGAGCUCCAGUACUUGUUGCCCUAGCACUAAUUGAAGGUGGCAUGAAAUACGAAGAUGCAGUGCAGUUCAUAAGACAAAAGCGGCGUGGAGCAUUUAACAGCAAGCAACUUUUAUAUUUGGAGAAGUAUCGCCCUAAAAUGCGACUGCGUUUCAAAGACUCCAAUGGUCAUAGAAACAACUGUUGUAUCCAAUAAAACUGGGGUGCCUGAUGCCCUUGCCUUGGAAGUGGAACUUAAGACAGGACCUAAUUUGUCAUACAUACUAGCCAACCUGUUGGCUUGCUGAAUAAGUCAAAUGAAGCUUCGGUAGGAGUAUUGAAAAGCAGUUUUACCAGGCCACAACGUUAACAGAAUUGCAACCUCUAUAUUUGGGUUACAGUCAACUUAUUUGGACACUUGACAAAAGAUUCUUGCUGUUAAGCAUUUAAAAUGUGCUUAUCAUUUGUACCAAUUGAUCUUUCCUGAAAUCAUGCAGUCUUGAGUAUGUCUUUAAAUCUAUUCCCAUGCCAGAAUCUUACCAUAUAUAAGAAAAAUUUAGAAAGAUUAGGUGCCAAAAUACCCAGCACAAUACUUGUAUAUUUUUAGUAUCAUACAGAACUAAAAUCCCAGGAACUAUGAACACUCUGGACCUUAUGUGGUUUACUCCUUCAGUCAUUUCAAACAUAGAAAAUAGGGCCUAUAUGGUUAUUUGCCUGCUCACUUUAUGUUUACAUCUCCCACAUUUGUGCCGGUAAUACAUCAGGUUUGCGCAACUCUUCCACCCCCCCAACCCCCCCUUUUUUUUUUUUAAACCAAGUCUUACAGUGAUUAUUUAAUGUCUUUCUAUAAAUCUCAUUUUGUGCUGUUAUACUAAAACCUCCAUUUUGGAAAUCUUCAUUGUACAGAAGCACAUGUCUUUAACUGUCUCCAGACAAAAAAAGCCUUACAGUUAAUUUUAAUGUUUGCACUUUGGGGUGCAACUCUUAACAGGGAGGGCCUGAAAAAAAGAAUGGGAAGGGGCUAUUAAGUAUUUUUAGGAAAAUGUUGCCUUUGUCUUGUGCAGAACAUGUAGAAUAUGCUCUUUAAUUUAGUAAAUAUUUUUUUAAACAGUAGAGAUGCUUUGUUAUUGUAGCUAAAAUGAUUCUUAAUCAUAAAAUUUCUGAAAUACUUGUAAUUUUUUUUCAUACUUAUCUGAGGUUGUUUACCAACUUAUUUUUGUUUGGAGUGUGAUUUUUUUUUUUUCCUUCCCAACCUCUCUUGCAAAAAAAAAAUAAGAAGUGGGUUUCUGCUAAUGAAUUGAGCAGACAUCUAAUAUUUUAUAUGCCUUUUGAGCUGUGUAACUUAAUAUUUGGAUACUUGAUAAUUUGUUUUAUUAUGUAAUUGAUAAAAUGGUGAUGUGUAUUAAUGUUAGUUCAACCAUAUAUUUAUACCGUCUGGGAAUGUGUGGUUAUAGUUCUGUGGGAGAAAUAAUUUGUCAGUGUUCACCAGCUUGUAAAAAUCUAGUGCGAGAGCUUAAACAUCUAAAUAAAUAAUGAAAUGCAUUUACCAUUGA